GGAAGUACAACACAGAGGACCCACCCGGCUCAACUUCCCGCUUGCUUGCUUGCCUGCUGCUGUCACUGCUGACUGGAGUGACGUGUGGCGCUCCCGUCCUCUGUUCUGUGAUUGCAUAACAUGCAAGCCGCUGAUCCCAGAGGGAGGACUCCUGCCUUCCUUCAGCCUCAGAAUGGAAGCAGCCAUAAAUCUUCUGGCUAUUUCCCAGGGAGAAUUGUCCCAUUUCGUCCUCCUCCUCCUCCAAAGAACCAAGCUUCAGCCAAAUUUACCUCUGGAAGACAGGAAGCUCGUGCAACAGUAGCCUCCUCAGCAGAUGGGCAGCGCAGUCAGGCGGAAGCGAGCAGAAAGAAAAGACACAAAAACACACUCAUCUGCUUUGCUAUGUCUAGCUUUUCGUUUUUUAUUGCACUUGGCAUUAUUUUGGGGAUAGCAUCAAAAUAUGCUCCUGAUGAAAAUUGUCCAGAUCAAAAUCCUCGCCUUAAGAACUGGAAUCCUGGACAUGAUCGAGAAAACAAAGUUGUACUCAAACAGGGAGAUUUGUUUCGCCUCAGUGUGGAUGCUACAGUGCACUCUAUCGUGAUACAGGAUGGAGGAUUGCUUGUCUUUGGAGAUGAUGAAAAAGGAUCCAGAAAUAUAACACUACGAACACGGUUUAUCCUGAUAAAGGAUGGUGGAGCGCUUCAUAUUGGAGCAGAGAAAUGUCGUUAUAAAUCCAAAGCAACUAUCACCUUAUAUGGCAAAAUGGAUGAAGGUGAUUAUGUGCCAACAUUUGGCAAAAAGUUUGUGGGUGUUGGCCCUGGUGGAACACUGGAAUUGCAUGGAAUUCAGAAGUUAUCAUGGACUUCUCUGUCAAAAACCCUGUAUUCUUCAGGAUUGGCCUCUGGCUCAUAUACUUUUGAAAAGGAUUUUUCCCGAGGCCUCAAUGUGAGAGUUAUUGAUCAAGACACUGCACAAGUUUUGGCAAUGGACAGAUUUGAUACUUAUGAAUCUCAGAAUGAUAGCAGGAGACUUCAGGAUUUCCUAAAAGGCCAAGAUUUUGGUCGCAUUGUUGCUAUUGCUGUGGGAGAUUCAGCUGCUAAAAACCUACUAGAUGAAACCAGAACAACAAUACAGAAUCUUCUGGGAAGUAAGCUUGUCAAAGGAUUGAGUUACAGGCAGGCCUGGGCUUUAGUUGGUGUAAUUGGUGAUGGAGAUUCAUCGUGUAGUGAGUCUGUGAGAAACUCUGAAAACCACAGCACGGGAGGGAAAGCUGUCGCACAAAGAGAAUUUUUUACUGUGGACGGUCAGAAGUUUGCUGUGAGAGCUUUCAGUGAAUGGGAUGAUGGUGUUCCAAAGUCAGGUUUCCAGGUGGAAGCAGUGCAUGGUGUGAUACUGGAUCUGUCAGAAGAUGUUAGUACCUGGAAGCCUGAAGACCAGAUUGUUGUUGCAAGCACUGAUUAUUCUAUGUACCAGGCAGAAGAAUUCACCCUCCUUCCUUGUUCAGAAUGCAAUAGAUAUCAAAUCAAAGUUAAAGAAAUCCCUCAGUUCCUUCAUAUAGGAGAAAUUGUUGAUGGAGUGGACAUGAGGGCUGAGGUCGGAGUUCUUACUCGGAACAUCUUAAUAAAGGGAGAGAUGGAAGAUUCCUGUUACACUGGCAAAGAGUGCCAGUUCUUCCAUUUUGAUACUUUUGGUGGACAUAUCCAGAUUCUGAAGAAUUUCACCUCUGUUCACCUCUCUUACGUGGAACUCAGACAAAUGGGUCAGCAGGUCCAUGGAGCUUACCCUGUUCACUUCCACCGCUGUGAAGAUGUGGACGAGAAAGGAGGGUACAACUACAGGACUUAUGUAGAAGGCCUCUCAAUUCAUCACUGCUUCUCUAGAUGUGUGACUGUUCAUGCAACAAAUGGCUUGCUGAUAAAAGACACCAUUGGAUAUGACACACUAGGUCAUUGUUUUUUCCUGGAGGAUGGCAUUGAGCAGAGGAAUACACUGUAUCAUAACUUAGGGCUAGUCACCAAACCAGGCACACUCCUUCCCACUGACAGGAACAGCACAAUGUGCCUGGCCAUGAAGGAUCAUGUCUAUGGAGCCUAUGAGCCAGUUCCAACCACAGACUGCAUGGCUGUUUCCACAUUUUGGAUUGCUCAUCCCAACAAUCACCUUAUAAAUAAUGUGGCUGCCGGCUCUCAGGAUGCUGGCAUAUGGUACAUAUUUCACAAAGUGCCUACAGGAGAGUCUCAUGGGUUGUUUCCUGAAACCAAAGCUGAACUAACACCACUAGGAAUUUUCUAUAACAACAAGGUGCACUCCAACUUUAAGGCUGGAUUGUUCAUUGAUAAAGGUGUGAAAACUACCAAUGCAAGUGCUGAUGAUAAAAGGGAGUAUCUGUGUUUGGACAAUAACGCAAGGUUUCGACCACAUCAAGAUGCAGAUCCUGCAAAGCCCCGAGUUGCAGCUCUCAUAGACAGGCUAAUAGCUUAUAAAAAUAAUGACCAUGGAGCUUGGGUCAGAGGAGGGGAAAUCAUUAUUCAGAACUCUGGCUUUGCUGACAAUGGAAUAGGCUUAACCUUUGCCAGUGAUGGAAGCUUCCCAAGUGAUGAAGGCUCCAGCCAGGAUGUAUCAGACUCUUUGUUUGUUGGUGAAAGCAAUAAUUAUGGCAAUUCAGGCGGCCAAAACAAAUACUGGGGCACUGGAGGAAUAAACAAUAAAAAUCGUACUUUGCCUAGAAACCGGACCUAUCCCAUCAGAGGCUUUCAGAUUUACGAUGGACCUAUACGUCUCUCCAAGUGCACAUUCAACAAUUUUGUGCCAACUCCAGAUAGAUUCACUAGUGCAAUUGGGUUCCUAAUGAAAAACACCUGGCAAAUUACCCCCCAAAACAAUAUUUCUCUGGUGAAGUUUGGUGAACAGGUUUCUCUGAAAGUCUUUUUCGGUAAACCUGGGCCUUGGUUUGAAGAGGCUGAUCUGGAUGGCGACAAGAACUCAAUAUUUCAUGAUGUUGAUGGAUCUGUGACUGGCUACAAGGACACCUAUGUUGGCAGAAUGGAUAACUACCUGAUUCGACAUCCUGACUGUGUUAAUCUCACCAGGUGGAAUGGUGUGCUCUGCAGUGGAACCUUUGCUCAGGUGUACAUUCAGACACGGAAUCCACAGAAUCUUACCAUGACCAUGGUGCGAGAUGAAUACCCUUCCAGUCCUCUGGUACUGAGAGGGAUUAAUAAUCAGAAAGCUGACUACCAGCAGUACCAGCCUGUCGUGAUGCUUCAGAAGGGCUACACAAUACAUUGGAAUGGACAAGCCCCACAAACAACAUUUCUGUACCUCAUUAACUUCAACAAGAAUGACUGGAUUCGGGUGGGUCUCUGUUACCCACCAGACACUACUUUUCAAGUAACUUCUGAUGCAUUCCGAAGGCCUGCACCUCCCAAUAGUGUGGAGGAUUAUGUGUCUGUAUCUUCAAUGGCGGAAUUGCAGAAUAGUCGAAUGGAGAGAAAGUUUUAUUUUGAUAACAGCACUGGGCUGCUGUUUUUGUUUCUUCAAGCCAAAUACCAGAGGGAUGGCCACAGUUACUGUUCCUUUCGGGGAUGUGAAAGAGUCAAGAUUCAGGCCAGCUUUCGGCCAAAGUCUGUCAGUAACUGCUUGACAAAAGCUUACCCAAAGUACUUCCAGAAGCCAACUGUGGUGAAAAGAAUGCCCACAAAGACUACGGGCUCCUGUCAGAAAUGUGGCUCCACUCAGGUGGCAUUUACCAGUGAUCCUCAUAAAACCUACCUCCUUGUGAAAAUUCAGUCUCCGGACACAGCUGAGUUGCAAAGGAACGAAGAAUCUUAUGUCUCAGUCAGUGGCAUGAAGUUUCCCUUGAGUGCUGUGGGUGUUCUUACCGUAGUCAUUGAUGCCUGCACUGGCAAAGUAACAAAAGAGAGAUUUUUCUCUGAAGCAAACGUAAGGAAUCUAGAAGAAUAUGUCAAAACUGGAAUUCCUCAAAGGUCUAUAGUUGUAUUAAGCACCAGAGGGAAUAUAAAAAACCUUAACAUUUCUCAAGCUUUAAUGACCCUGGGAGCAGCAAAACCAGCAAAUCUUCACAACAAGGGGAGCAUAGGCUUCUUUGGGUUCAGAGGGAACUUCAAACCAUCUUGGAUCAAGCUAUUGACCAGUCCUGCAAGGCAGGGCCUGGGCCAGAUGGAAAAGUAUAUCCCUCUGCAGCUGGAAGAGUACAGCUGUGCCAGAGCAAAUACUAGCCGACGGAAAGAUUUGGAACUUCUAAAGCAGGCUACAAGAACACAAUAGAAAUUAAGGUGCAUAUGCACACUGAAGACAAUGUGAACUAAUUUAUUUAUUUUAUGGAAUUUUAACGUGUACUAUUACCCAAGUACAUCACUUUGCUGUUUUUGAUAUGGACAUUUGCCUACGCUGAAUGCUUGAAUGCCCAUCUGUGCACCUUUUGGAUUGUACAAAAUAUUAAAGAAUUAAAGUAUUUGUUUAAAAAACA